AUUAUUGUAUGGUCAUUAACCGGCGCCUUAUACAUUUGCCUGCUCUGUCCAUACCAAAAGACGUGAUUAACACAAUAUUUGUUAUUUUUAGAUCUUUCACUGUAACAUAACGCAAAAAGGAUGGAGUGGUGUAUAGUUUUCAUCUUGGCUGCAACAAGGCUCAUAUACGUUACAGGAAAUGGAGACGACUUCUACAGAGGCACAGACUGGUUUAAAGAUAUGGGGUGGUGCUCCCAUUCAAGCAGUAUCUCACUGACCGGUGAUUUUAAUGGCGACGGAAGAGCUGACUUAUUGUGCCACGACAGCAAAGGAGACAAAUGGGUUGCCCUAGCCAACUCAGAUGGUCAAUUCGAGUYUAUCUGGUACAAUGCCAUGGGAUGGUGUGGUCAUCAAAACGCCUCGGUGCAUCUUGGUGACUUCAAUGGUGAUGGACGAACGGACAUGUUAUGCCACGAUCUGGAUGGGAAUAAGUGGGUUGCCUUAGCAAAUGAUGAUGGAACUUUUACAGACAACUCAUGGUACGAUGAAAUGAAGUGGUGCAUUCACAAGAAGGCCCAUUUGGGGAUAGGAGACUUUAAUGGCGAUGGCCGGGAUGACAUGUUUUGUUAUGACAAUGAGAACAUGUGGAUAUCUCUUGCCCAACCUGGAGGCUGCUUUUCAGGCACCUCUUGGCACAUAGCUAGCGGAUGGUGUGUUCAUGAAGGAUCGUCCAUCUACAUCGCUGAUUUCAAUGGCGACCGACGAGACGACCUUCUUUGUCACGACUACGUCGGGACAAACUGGGUUAUGCUUGCUCGACCGGAUGGAACAUUCUCAGGUCGCAGCAGUUGGCGUGGAUCCCAAAAAUGGUGCACCGCAGAACUUCAUUUGGGAUAUUUGAAUGGUGACAAGCUUGCUGACAUGCUAUGCCAUCGUCCAUCGGAUGGCUACAAAUUUGUGGCAACCGCCAGUGACAAUAUURAAAGUCUAUUCUCUGGUACUAAGUGGGAAAUGGCAAUGCACUGGUGUGUGUCAGGAUCAACACUUUUUGUUGCAGACUUUAACAAUGACGGCAAAGGUGACCUUCUAUGUCACGAAYCGAAAACAGGCAGGGUAUGGAUUUCGUACAAUCAAUACUCUUUGAAAGAGGAUGAUGCAUGUCUGGAAAAUCCUUGUAAGACUGGAGGCAAGUGCACACACAAUAAUGGUGGAUACAGUUGUACAUGUGUAGCCGGGUUUGAAGGGAAAAAUUGCGAGGAAGGAAUCGACAAAAUCAAAUUUUCUCGUGCGUCAGUAACAGACUAUAUCGCGGUUAAAAGAAGGUUACCUCAAUUGACGAGUCUCACUUUGUGCCUUUGGAUGAAUGCAUUAGUUGGARAUCAAGAGGAUAAUAAAAGAACCAUGAUAAGCUACGCUGUACCAGGAUCAGAUAAUGAGAUAAUUUUGAUAAAUCCUCACUCUUUAAGCUUUUUUAUUGGAGGCGAAAAGUGGAUAACAGGAAUUUCCACCAAUGAUGGCGAUUGGCAUCACAUCUGCGUAACAUGGGAAAAUCACGAAGGCCAAUGUGCACUUUACAAAGACGGUGUACGACUCGCACAAGGAAACCUGAAWGAAGGUCAUGUGAUUGGAGGCGGGGGCUCUUUGAUCAUCGGACAAGAACAAGACGCAGUAGGAGGAAAAUUCGCUGAGGCYGAGUCUUAUAUUGGUGAGAUGACUGGUAUUAACAUCUGGAGCAAUGUACUGAGCCCGAGUGAGAUUUCUGCAAUGUCAAAGCAUGAGCACAGUACAUCUGGGAAUAUCUUGRCGUGGAAUGAUGUCAAAAUUGAUGGCACCACACAUGGUCAAGUAGAGAUUUUUUCAUCAUGUACAUCAGAAACAGCAACCGAAGACAAUGCAUAGCAUGUACCAUGAAGAACCAAAUCAGACCAAAAGUAUUAUGGGUUACUGUAGCAUUUUAAUCGUGGGUUAGAAUAGUUGUAUAGGUGAUUACUAAGAUAACAUGAAUCUUCGACCAAUUCAAGACGUGGUAUUGUUGGUCAAUUCAUUUGUGCAUAGCAAAAUAAAACAAAUAAUGAAAAUAUAAUAAAAAAUGAAGUGUAUUUAA